CCCAAGUUGCUGCUGCCUCUGGGGGGUGUAUUAUCUCUUUUGUUAGGGGGCUUUGCUUUCAAAGGAGCAGCAGCAGCAGCAGCAGCAGCAGCACCUCUCCCUUCAGCAGCAGCAGAAGGAAGCGGCAGCGCACCCUUACAACCCCCACCACGGGCCCCUCUUCUCCCUUUAGAAGAAGCAGCAGUAGCAGCAGCAGCAGCAGAAUCACCUGCAGCAGCAGCAGGACCUGCAGCAGUAGCACUGCUUGAAAGGUUAGGUCUCCCUGCCUUUGUUGAGCAGUCUUUGCUGCCUUUGCUGCAGCGGGCCCCCUCAGCUACAACAACUGCUUCUCCUUUACUUGAUGGAAGCAACGGGCAGCAGCAGUUUCUGCUAGGUUUGCUGCCGCAGCGUCCCUUGCAGCAAAUAGAGACAGCAGCAGCAGCAGAGGCAGCAAAACCACUAGAAGAAGAAACGAUUGUUGUCGUAGAAGAAUCGCCAGGAACACAAGCAGCAGCAGGAACUAUCGAAGGAGACAACAUACAGCAGCAGCAGCAGCAGCAGCAGCAGCAGCAGCAGCAAUCUUCAGGAGAAAGCCAACAACCCCCACGUCAUAUCCCCAGGAGACAGCCCCUAUGGAAACCGCAGCAGCAGCAGCAGCCUCAAGAUAGCAGCAGCAGCAGCAGCAGCAGCAGCAACAGAAUCCAGCUCCCCAUUGGGCCUCUCCUGGUGCCUCGGCCCCAGCAAGAAGAGAUAAUAGUAGAAGAAGUUAUUGAUGACAACAGCAACAGCAGCAGCAGCGGCAGCAGCAGCAGCAGCAGCGGCAGCAGCAGCAGCAUCAGCGGUGAUGUAGACAUCGAGGCACCCCUGGCCCCACAGCAGCCACCGCCCAGCCUGCAGCAACCCAUUGGUCAACCCGAAGACACGAGUAGCAGCACGAGUUGUUGCAGCUGCUUCAUCCGCUUUACUUCGCAGGCUGACGAUGAGGACCUCAAGGAGAUUCUUCUCCAAGACGGGCGCACUUUGUCUGUUUUGUCGUUUAAAGUGAAGGGCAAAGGACCCGGCGUCAGAGUCUCCUUUGUCUCUGCAAAUACACACCCAGACUAA